UCAACUACUCUCCCGAUACUAGUGGAGUGAAGGCGUAUUUGGAGGGAUAACGAUAACACGGCGGGCCACAGUGGGCAAGAAGACACCACCGCAACCACUGCUGCCACCGCUGCUGCUGCUGCUACAGAGACACACCGCUCACUGAAUGACUGACUUACUGACUGACUGACUGACGGGACCCGGAGCGCUGCCUGGCGACUGUGAGACGUAAAUGGCCACAACAUUUUCCAAAAAGAAGACGAUGCCCGUGAGACAACCUGUAUACCAAAUGCGCCCUGGACAUUAGGCUGACGCGCAUUUGCCGUAAAUUAGACGUUUUUCGCACAACGGAAGUUUCUGUGACCGAUUUUUGGGGGAUCUUGAUUUAUAGGCUGCAGACAUGGACGAGGACAACCAAGUACCUGAGGACCUGUCUUUGGAGGAAAGAGAUGAGCUGUCCAACAUACGACGCAGGAAAAAAGAGCUUCUGGAUGAUAUUGAACGGCUGAAGUUUGAGAUCGCAGAGGUAAUGACUGAGAUUGAGCAGCUAACCUGUGUGGGGGAGAGCAAAACCACGCAAAGAAACAAACAGAUCGCCAUGGGGAGGAAGAAGUUCAACAUGGACCCUAAAAAGGGGAUCCAGUUUCUUUUGGAGAAUGAUCUUCUCCAGAACACCCCAGAGGACAUUUCACAGUUCCUCUACAAAGGCGAGGGGCUCAACAAAACGGUCAUCGGGGACUACUUAGGAGAACGGGAUGACUUUAACAUCAAGGUCCUCCAAGCGUUUGUGGAGCUUCAUGAGUUUGCAGACCUCAACCUUGUACAAGCCUUAAGGCAAUUUCUGUGGAGCUUUAGACUUCCCGGCGAAGCCCAGAAGAUUGAUCGUAUGAUGGAGGCGUUUGCCUCCAGGUACUGCCAAUGCAAUCCCGGCGUCUUCCAGUCCACAGACACUUGCUAUGUCCUAUCAUUUGCCAUCAUUAUGCUGAACACCAGCCUGCACAAUCCCAACGUCAGAGACAAGCCCCCCGUGGAGCGCUUCAUCUCCAUGAACAGAGGGAUCAAUGAGGGGGGAGACCUCCCAGAGGAGCUACUCAGGAAUCUAUACGACAGCAUCAAGAGCGAACCCUUUAAGAUCCCAGAGGAUGAUGGGAAUGACCUGACACACACGUUCUUCAACCCAGACAGAGAGGGCUGGCUGCUCAAAUUAGGGGGCCGAGUGAAAACCUGGAAGAGAAGGUGGUUCAUUCUGACAGACAACUGCCUCUACUACUUCGAGUACACAACAGACAAGGAGCCUCGUGGGAUCAUCCCACUGGAGAAUCUCAGCAUCAGGGAGGUGGAGGAGCCCAGGAAACCUAACUGUUUUGAGCUCUACAACCCCAAUCAUAAGGGCCAGGUGAUCAAAGCCUGCAAGACGGAGGCAGAUGGGCGUGUUGUCGAGGGGAACCAUGUGGUGUACAGGAUAUCAGCUCCCACGCCAGAGGAGAAGGAAGAGUGGAUUAAAUCCAUCAAGGCCAGCAUUAGCAGAGACCCCUUCUACGACAUGCUGGCCACCAGGAAGAGACGCAUCGCUAAUAAGAAGUGAAGAGGGACAAUCUUCUCAACCCCACCCCACCCCAUCCUUUUCUCCUUCAGUUCAUGAACACAUAAACUACAUACUACAAAGCUGGUUCAACACAGACGUGACUGUCACCCUCAGAAAAGACUUCAACCCCGAAGACAAACCUCAGUCUCUCUCCUGGACUGUCCACAAAGUCUGUGCACUUGUUGGAGAGACAUCACACACUACUGAGGGGGACAGCAGAGCUCCAGGAAACUCAGAUAUGUGGACUUGAUUCUGGCAUGGAGCAGCACAUGAACAACCAACCAAUCAGUUUGUUUCUCCUCCAUCUCAUGCACACCCCCUACCUCCCCCUCUCAUAGUCAUAACAUGUUUCUAGGUCUCCCUAAAGCACAACUGCCAUGUUUCAGGUGCACAUGCAUUUGCAUGUGGGUUAUUAUAGACCAUUAUGUGUGUGUGUGUGUGUGUUUGUGUGUGUGUGUGUGUGUGUGUGUGUGUGUGUGUGUGUGUGUGUGUGUGUGUGUGUGUGUGUGUGUGUGUGUGUGUGCGUGCGGGUGCGUGUGUGUGUGUGUGUGCGUGUGCGUGUGUGUGUGUGUGUGUGUAAAUGCAGCAUAUGCAGCAGUGUGCAUGCUGUCAGUGCACACAGCUUCUGCAGUGUGCAUGCAUUAAGUGAUAGAAGUGUUCCCUCCACUGUGCUUUAUGAAAAAGUCAUAGUAAUUCAAAAUCAGCGUUCAGAUGUGUGGUCAGCCAAAUGGGGCACGACUGUUGAAAUGUAAGGGUGAAUAGAAAUAUUUCGGGAAGGAGGAAGAGAUAGACGGACAGAGAGAAGUGUUUGGGAGGUGGUGGAUGAACAAGCGCUGUAUAACCUCACCUGAACCAUGUUAUCAUCUCACUCUGGUGCUGAAUUCUUCUCUCCAGGUGCCAUGGCUGAAGCCCUGCUCAGAGUAACCUCAGAAAACAGCGCUGGCUUACAUUUAGGUUCCUAACAAAGCAUUACAGUCUUGAGUCAGCUGGACUGAUUUCAUUUAUUUGUGUGGAGCAGAGAAUUUUGAAAUGUGCAUACUUUUUUAUUUUAGUUGAUUAGUAAAGGUGCUUUUGCCAAGGCUUGAGAUGAAACUUACUUUUUGGACUUUGAAGUUGUAAUCCUUAAGAUUUCGGCCCCAGUUGAUUUGGCUGCACACUUGCUUAACAUCUACUUUGUCAGAAACACAACAGAGGAGCAACUGGUUUAUAUGAUUACAGUGCAGCCAACUAAACUCACAUUUUAACAAACAAGUCUGAUCUGAUUUCAUGCUGUUUGUGGCUUGAGUACUAUUCCACACAGCAGGAGUAAUUGGAGUUGGUUACCUUAUUAUUAUUGAGAAGUCUCCUGCAGCUCUACAUCUAACAGCUCACUGUGGCUGAUCCAUUUUGCUCUAACACCAACGCAAAAAUGAAAAACGAUAUGCUGACAAAAAAAAAAUUAAAAAAAGCUAAAAAAGAUGUUAUCUUGUUUUGUAGAUGCAUUUAUGGUAACCGAUCACUGUCAGCAAUAAUCUCUGUGACAAAUAUGUGUCCUUUGGCUGCUUCACGAUAAAAGCUUUGUGUUUUGCCAGUUGAAUGCUUUUAAUGUAAAGCAGCAGCAGUAGGAAAUGUUGGAUUUAUAUUGGCAGCAACUUAAUAGAGCUAUGAAAUUAAAAAUGGAAAAGGUACAGUCACGUCGCAUUUUCACUCAACAGUAUUUCUAGUGGAUAAUAAAUAAAUAUUGAUCAGAGCAAUCACAAACCAUAAAUGGUGUAUGAGAGCAACAUUACCGAAUUGUAGUCUGAUGAUAAUGUAUCGAAAGAAACGUGCAUGUUGAAGAAACACGCUGAAAUAAUUAACUUCUCCAAUGCAGCAGUGUUUUCUAGUGGUCAAUUGAGCACAACCACGUGUUGAAAGCUGAACAAAGAUGAACUCUGACCUGCAAAUUUAUCUGUUGCAUGGGCCUCAAUAGAAGUGAAUGGAAAAUGGAGCAAAUAUUCGUAGGACGGUGGUACAAUGUGACCAUACCUUAAUAAUGGAUGACAAAAAUCUAUUGUUUCCUGCGAAUCCCUUGUGCUUUUGAGGGCAGUUCAAAUCCAGUGGGGGGAUGGUGAACUCCGCCACUACGAAUUAAGCAAUAUUUAGAGAGAUAAUACAGAAUGUAAAUACUUUGAAUGAUUACUGCAGCUGAAAUUCAAACCAUAAAUAAUAGCAACCAUAAUUAGUAUCAAAAAUGGGGUUUGAUUUCAUGAAAAUCUUAAGGAUUAUAACUUUAGAAUCAUUUUCAUUAUAGAGAGUCUUCUCAGUCUAAUGGGUAAGUUUUAUUUAUAGCUGUGCAAUGGCCCUAUAGGGUACCAGUCCGAUUAAGCUUUUCUUUUUUUUCUUUUCUUGUCUAUGGCCUAUGUCAGUGAAGGUCGAUGUAUUGUUGUGAUCCUGUUUGCAUUUGGUUUGUAAUCCUAAAGAUACUUGCUUGCUUUUGUGUUACUCUUUAAAAAACUAUAUAAUAACCACCUAUCAUUUUGUAUUUAUUUUCAUUUGUGAAAUGGUUUAGUACUACCUGUAAAUGUUAAACAAUGUAUGCUUAAGUUAUGUAUGUAUAUAUAAUGUAUAGGUUUCUGGUCUCUUUGUUGUAGUAUGCACACUCUGUGUAACAUUGCUUGAGCCGUCAGGCAGAAAUUUGCAUCAGCUGAAGUUUGGGGUCUUCUUUACAAAAGCCUUAAACAUAAUCAUAAGUAAAUAUAUAAUAACAAUAUAUAAUAUUGAUCAAUAACUGUGAUGAUGCUGUUAAAAAGCCAUGACUGAUGAGUGAGAAAUAUGGUUGUAUUUAUGACGAUGAUGAUAACGAUUACAGUGAAAAUGAUGUUUGAAUUUAAUAAUGAUGAUUCUAGUGAAGUAAUAUCAGUGAUGAUGGUGAUGAUGAUGAUAAUGAUGAUUAUAAUAUUGAUGAUGAUGUCAAAAACUAUAAACACCAGUAGUUUUCUAUGUGAUUGUAAAAUAAAAUGAAAGCCUUGUGGUCAGGGCAGAAUAUUAUCUUCUACCGCCCUGUGUGGGCUUAUAGUUACAUUAACUUUUAUAUUCUCUGUAAAAGCUAUUGGUCACGUUGUACAUUACGUGUAUCUACAUAAAGUAUACAUAAAGCUUA